CAUUUUUAGCCUGGAAGCUAAGAUGAGUGAAGAUCUCUACGUUAUCCGUCAUGUAUCACACAUGGUAGCAAAAUUUUGGGUAUUGUAGAUUUGAUGAUUUACUAGCAAAAUGCUGCAUGAACUUCUCCUUGCAUUAAGUGGAUAUCCAGGAAGUGUAUUUGUCCAAACAGAGAACGGUGAAAUCAAGGUUGUACCUAAUUUGCCUUUUAUUCAUCCCACUGAGGAGGCAUUGUUGAAUAGACUAUGUAAACUUGGCACAUACUACUGUAGGUUCCAGGAUUUUAUCCAGAACCAUGGACCACAUUCUGUGCUGCUCAGAAAUUCAGGCAAUGUCAGCAAUUUAUCCAUUCAACAAGGCUUGUAUAUUAGAGCAUUCUGUAGUGGGCUAGACCAAGUACUCACUCCAUAUAGACAAGCACUGCUGCAGUUGGAGAGAGAUAUUUUGGCAGAUUCUCAUCUGCCUGUGACCCAUGUUCAGUGUGCCCUUGAAGAGUUUCAGCUACUGUUCCCAGCUUUAUUAGGGAUUAUAGACCAGUUGCUUCAACACAGAGCUCAUGGGUGUCAAAUUUUGGAGAUAUUGCACAAGAAUGCAUCCACUGGUGUGCCCAAAGUCAAGGCAGCCUUAAAUCAAAUCCUGCAUGUGUGUCAUGGAGUUUUCUACAAGCAAUUGUCUGCCUGGAUGCUACAUGGUCUUCUACUGGAUCAGCAUGAGGAGUUCUUCAUUACCAAGGCCUCUAAGGAACCCAGUAAGAGUCAGAGAUCAGUAGAAGAUGAUGAUUUGGGGAUAGCAGGAGUCACAGGGAGACAGUUACAGCAGAUUAUGCAGUUAGCAGAAGAUGAUCUUGUGGCUCAUUAUGAACAGUUUACACUGCGAGCAGGAAUGCUACUUUCAUACAUCCCAACAAGGGUAGCCAACAAGAUUUUGUUUGUAGGGGAGUCUGUCUGCAUGUUUUCCAGUGAAAACAAGAAGGGAGGAGUCAUGUAUAAAAGGUCUGUAUUGAAAAAUAAGGAAGACUCAUUUGCCAAAGAACUACAGGAACUAAGUCAAGAAGAGGAGUUUAGUUUGAUGUCAUUUGAGAAUGUCAUUGACAAAAUAAGAGUGUGUGUUGCUGAGACAUUGUGGAAACUGGUGGUUGAAGAGUCGGAUCUGAUUGGCCACUUACGCAUUAUCAAAGAUUUUUAUUUGCUUGGAAGGGGUGAGCUGUUCUUAGCCUUCAUUGACCAGUCCAAAGGAUUGCUUAAUCCUCCACCAACAGGAACUACAGAACAAGAUGUAAACAUGGCAUUUCAGCAUGCAGCAAGAAGUGUCCUGUUUGAAAAUGAAGAAGUAAUGCAGAGAUUCAAAUUAACUGUGGAGAACAAAUCUGAAAAGUCUCAGACCAAAAAGACUGGCCUUGCAGAAACAGUUCAGAGUGCAGAACCAGGUUGGAAUGUUUUAGGUUUGGAGUAUUCUGUGGAGUGGCCUCUACACCUCCUGACUACAGAGAGUUGCUUGGAAAAAUAUAACCAGUUAUUCAGUUUUCUAUUGUUGGUGAAACGAGUAGAGCUAGACCUGCAGCACUGCUGGAUGCUGCAUAUGAACCAUUUUAAACAGCAGGAAAUGCUUGAAAAUGAGAGGCAAAUGUGGAACCUACGCAUGCACAUGUCUUUCUUAGUGGAUAAUCUACAAUAUUAUUUACAGGUUGAUGUAAUAGAGUCCCAGUUCAGUAUACUAUUGGAGAAGAUCCAUACCACAAGAGACUUUGAAGCCAUUCGUCUUGCUCAUGAUCAGUUUAUCACUUCACUGUUAUCACAGUCAUUUUUGCUAAUGAAAGGAGUCAGUCGUUGUCUGCACGAAAUUCUGAAUGGCUGCCAUGCAUUUUGUGUUCUGGUCAGUCAUUCUCACACUGGGAUGGAUGAAAGACAAACUGCAAAGCUUGAAGAAAUAGCAAAGAAUUUCCAACGUCAGUCCAAGCUCCUGUUCAGCAUACUGUCCAGUGUAAAGAAUCAUCAGGGGAGUCCACACCUGGCACAGCUGCUGCUUAGAAUGGACUACAAUAAGUACUUCAGUAUGGCUGGAGGGCAGUUGGGAAGCUGUAAUCCCAUUGAAGCUCCCUCAGCAACUUUACCAUCAUCAAGUCGGAGGUGAAGGCAGAUGGUCAGAUGUUUUGGAGUAUUUCAUAAAUUGACAAUUUUACAGAUAAUUGACAAAGACUGAAGUUGAUCUCUGUACUGCCUGUAAUGCUGAACCAGAUGUGGCUUGUUAAAUGUAUCAAGUUACGCAGAAGUAUGAACUGGCAUAUUUAUGUGAAUAAUCAACUAAAAGACAGAGUUUGCUGCAAGCAAGGUGUAACUUGGAAAUUUGUUCCACUUGGCCUUUCUGCACAAAGGGUGUGGAAUUGUAAUAAUGUUCAAUAAAAUGUUUAGCUGUACAGUUGUACAAAAUAAAGUCAAAAUGGAUUUCUCAUAUUUUAUUAAUCAACAAAAACAUUUUUGUCAAGAUCUUACAAGCUUGUUAGAGAAAGCACCAUAUUUUUCAGUUCACCAAAUGUAUUUCACUUCAGCACUUUGUAUGACCCAAAACAAUGCAAAUAAUCAAGUGGCAAUAAUGACUGCAAAUAAAUAAUCGAGUUCAAUACA